AUGAACUCAUCAUUACAAAUCUCAAAGAAAAGAAAGUUCGUCGCCGAUGGUGUCUUCCACGCUGAACUCAAUGAAUUGUUCACUCGUGAAUUCAACAAAGAUGAAGGUUACUCAGGUGUUGAAUUAAAAACCUCACCAGGUUUAACUGAAAUCAUCAUCCGUGCUUCAAAGACCCAAGCUGUUGUUGGUCCAAACGCUCGUCGUAUCCAAGAACUCUGCUCUUUAGUCCAAAAGAGAUUCAACUUCAAAGAAGGUACCGUCGUUCUCUUUGCUGAAAAAAUCUUAAACAGAGGUUUAUGUGCCGUCGCUCAAGCUGAAUCACUCAAACUCAAAUUAUUAGCUGGUCUCCCAGUUCGUAAAGCUUGUUACGCCAUCGUUCACCAAAUCAUGACCCGUGGUGCUAAAGGUUGUGAAGUUAUCGUUUCAGGUAAAUUAAGAGCCCAAAGAGCCAAAUCAAUGAAAUUCAGAGACGGUUACAUGAUCAAAUCUGGUCAACCAUCAAAAGAUUUCAUCGAUUUCGCCUGUCGUCACGUCUUAUUAAGACAAGGUACCCUCGGUGUCAAAGUCGCCAUUAUGUUACCAUACGACGAAACCCGUAAAAUCCACGGUGCUUGCAACAUCCCACAACCAGACGUUGUUGUCAUUCGUGAUGCUUAA